AAAAAAUCGUAAACUUCUAUCUACAUUUCAUUCAAAAUCCCCAUAACGCAAAACGCAAAACCCAAAACCUUCCUCUGGCCUCUAUUUGCUGCUAAACUUCACGCGUAUCUUCUUCACCAGGUGUGAGGAUAGGUGCAAUAGCAAACUGAAAAAGUACCUUACUCCCCCAAGAUGUCAACUGGGCCCGGUCUCGAGUCUCUUGUGGAUCAGACAAUUUCAGUCAUUACGAAUGAUGGACGAAAUAUAGUGGGAGUCCUGAAAGGUUUUGACCAGGCUACAAAUAUAAUUCUUGAUGAAUCCCAUGAACGAGUUUAUUCUACCAAGGAAGGUGUACAACAACUUGUUCUUGGUUUGUACAUCAUUAGGGGUGACAACAUAAGUGUUGUUGGUGAACUAGAUGAAGAUCUGGAUUCUAGUCUGGAUUUGUCAAAACUUAGAGCUCAUCCCUUAAAACCUGUUGUCCAUUGAGGUGAAAUACAAUGUAUUGGUUGUUAAUGGAUGCAUGCCUGUUUGUUGGAAAAGGUAUGAAAGUUGCUACAUUAUAUAGGACAUAAAGCUGUGAAACGAUGUGUAAGAUUAUGCAGUCAGCACAAUAUUACUAAAUGCUUCGAUUUUGCUUCUUGAUGUUUAGCAUGUGAGUCUUGUUAAACGAAUGGCUGCAACAACUUCGACUAUCUAAGGUGGAGAAACUGUCUUCUAUUUGGCAAUCCACUUUAUAUGAUAAAAUAGAAUUUCACUUUUGAGAGUGGCAUGAGUUUUAUUGUACUCUUUUUU